AUGUUAUCAUUAUUAAAUAAUAUUAUACAAACUACAUGGUGGAUAUUAAAACCAAGAAAUUAUUUGAAAUUAUUAUUACCAAGAAUUUUGUAUCAUUCAAUCCUUAUUGGAACAUACAUUUUUUGGUUUAUAGUUGGUUGUUUUAUUUUAAGAAAAACAGAUAGAGCUAUAAAGGCUGUUAGUUAUGUUAAAACAUAUGGUGAUAUGGUAUCAUUAAAUUCUAUAGAAGAAUCAGAUGUAUUUAAAGAACUUCUUCAAACAAUUGAUACAGAAUUUAGUAAACCACCAGCAAUAUUAUUAUUAAAUCAGUAUGCAUUAAAUAUGACAUUUAAUUUUUUAUGUAAUACAAAAACAUUAAAAGGUGUUCAUGAAAGAUUAAUUUUUGUUACAUUAGAUCAAAAGGCACAUGAUGUAUUGGAAGAGUAUUGGCCUGAAGUUCGUCAAUUAUAUUGGCCAACACCUUCAUUAUAUAAACCAUUUAGUUUUGCUGAAGGACCAUAUCAACAAAUAUAUUUGUUAAGAGCAAAUUUAGCUGUAUCAUUACUUAAAAAUGGUAAGUCAUUUUGGAUGAUGCAACAAGAUACAUUUUGGAGAAAGAAUCUUUUUGAGUUAGAUUUAGAAAAUGAUAUGUCUUUUGAUGCAUUAUUUGACCAAAUAGGUGAUGAUAGUAAUAGUCAAAGAGCUGAAUGGGUAAAUGGAGCAAACUUUUUUGUUAGAGCAAAUAAUGGAACAUUGAAAUUUUUUCAAAGAGUUGCUGAUAAAUUAGCUCAUUGGUAUACACCUGAUAUGGGUAUUAUGAUACAUCAAUGUCAUACCUGGGGUAAUCCAAAAUGUGCAUUUAUACCACAUAAAAUUGCACAUUCUUGGGAAUGGAUGUAUACAAAACAAGAAAAUCCACCAUACAUAAUUCAAUUAGACUGUGAGACAGAUGGUGGAACAAAAUUAAUGCAACUAGCAAAAUAUGGUUUUCAUUUUACAAAAGAAGAUGGUAGAACAUGUGAUUAUGAAGCUGUUGAAAAAAUUAGAGAAAAAAUGGGUAAAGGAAAAAUUGAAGUACAUCGUGCUAAACUUAGUUGGGGACGUUUACAAUUUAAAGUAUAUUGGUGGAUUGUUGAUUAUAUGUUAAUGACACCAAUUAUUGGACCACUUUUAAAACCAUAUUUACCAUUACUAGGAUUUGUCUUAAUGAUAACACUUUAA